UAUACGAAAAAAAAACCCCGGGCCUCGUUUUAGAAGAUUUCAUCCGUUUGUUUUUUUUGUAACGAGCAAACCGUUAUUUCGUUAUUAAUUUGUUAAGUCACCAAACAAACAACAAAAAUGAGCACCAACCCAGUUCAACCUUUACCGGGCCAGCAAGUGAUCCAUGUCGCCAAGGACCCCGACACGGACCUCGAGGCGCUCUUUAACGCCGUCUUGAACCCGCGGCCGAGCUCCUGGAGGAAAAAACACCUGCCCGAGUCGUUCUUCAAGGAGCCCGACUCCGGUUCGCACUCGCGCCAGUCCAGCACGGACUCAGGCAGCCAGCAGCCACCGAGGCUCCCACCGCAGCACGUGCGCUCUCAUUCUUCCCCCGCGUCACUGCAGCUCAGACCCGGAGCGCUCGCGGCCGCCUCCGCCGCCGUCACCGCGAGCCCCGUGCAGCACGCGCACAGCCGCCACCAGUCCUUCGAUGUCACCGACGAGCUACCGCUGCCGCCCGGAUGGGAGAUGGCGUAUACGUCCACCGGCCAGAAGUACUUUCUCAAUCACGUUGAGAAGAUCACCACAUGGCAAGAUCCUCGCAAGACUAUGGCAGCCAACAUGAAUCAGAUGAGUCUCCAUGCUCAGGCCACCAGCAGUAAUGGUGGUGUACAGGGGCGCUCCAUGGCCUUGUCACAGCCAAACCUCGGACAGCUGCCGGAAGACUGGGAGCAGGCAGUCACCCCUCAGGGAGAAAUUUACUUCAUUGACCACAAAACCCAGAGCACAUCGUGGCUCGACCCUCGGGUGGACUCUCGCCUCAUGAUGUCCCAGCAUCAACACCAUCAGCAGCAUCUCCAGCAUGCCCAGCACCACCAGCAGCAGCAGCAGGUACAGGCUCAGUCUCAGGCCCUGGGCUCAAGUGGUUCCAUGCCCCAGCAGCAGAGCUCUCAGUCUGGUAUGAUGGGAAUGGGCAACCCUCUGAGUGCCCAGCAACAGCACCAGCAGAAAAUGCGACUGCAGCGCAUCCAGCUCGAGAGGGAGCGCAUUCAGAGGAGGCAUGAGGAGCUCAGAAGACAGGAGGUGGCGCUGUGUAGACAGAUCCCCAUGGAUUCAGACAACAUGGCAUCCGUAGCUCCUACCAUCAAUCCAGCUGCCAUGAACCAAGGCACUAUUCCGACCAGCGGCUCAGACCCCUUUCUGAACAGUGGGCCAUACCAUUCACGUGAGCAGAGUACGGAUAGCGGCCUGGGCCUGGGCUGCUACAGCAUCCCCACCACUCCCGAGGACUUUCUCAGCAACAUGGAGGAGAUGGACACGGGUGACAACAUGGUGCCAGUCAACAUGAAUGUGCCACAGCAGAGCCGUUUCCCCGACUUCCUAGACUCCAUGCCUGGCACUAACGUGGACCUGGGCACCCUGGAUGGCACAGAUCUCAUGCCCAUCCUAAGCGACGUGGAGUCUGUCCUGAACAAGAAUGAGCCUUUUCUCACCUGGCUCUAAAGAGGCGCAGAGGCUCCAAGGGGAAAAGGGCUAAAGACUUUUAGCAGCAGUGCUACCUUUCUGAAUUUUAACUCAAUCAGUCCCUCCGCUCUCUUAUUUGUGAUGUGCCUAUAUUGCUCCUUUUUAAAAAGAAUUAUCCUGGUUACUGUAAAUUUUCUAAGUGAAGAGCCAAAAAAACCAAAGUGUUCAGCUUAAGAACAAAGAACAAGCAUAAGUCAAUCAAAUUUGUUCAGGUGUGGUGGAAUAUUCUUUUGUAUAUACUGUAGGAUAGAGUAGGUUUUUACUGUCACUGAGUGUAGCUUGAUCAAAAAAUGUCAUUCCUCUGACCUUGGGCAAGACUGAACAGCUAUUUGUUGCUGUUGGUCUCCAUAAAUACAGGUGCCUCUCAAAAAAUUAGAAUAUCGUGGAAAAGUUCAUUUUUCUCUGUAAUUCAAUUCAAAAUGUGCAACUUUCAUAGAUUCUAGAUUCAUUACACAUAAAGUGAAAUAUUUAAAGCCUUUUUUUUGCUUUAAUCUUGAUUACGGCUCACGGUAAUCAAAAAUCCAGUAUCUCAGAAUAUUAGAAUAAGGAAUUUAUAAUCCAGAAAUGAAAAGUAUGUUAAUUUAUCUACUCAAUAUUUGGUCAGGGCUUUAAUCCUUUUGCACGAAUUACUGGAUCAUGCGGAACAGCAAGGAGACAAUCAGCCUGUGGCACUGCUGAGGUGUUAUGGAAGCCCAGGUUGCUUUGAUAGCGGCCUUCAGCUCAUCUGAAUUGUUGGAUUUGGUGUCUCUCAGAGAUUCUCUAUGGGGUUCAGGUCAGGAGAGUCGGCUGGCCAAUCAAGCACAGUAAUACAUGGUCAGCAAACCAGUUACUAGUUGUUUUGGCACUGUGGGCAGGUGCCAAGUCCUGCUGGAAAAGAAGUCAGCAUCUCCAUAAAGCUUGUCAGCAGAUGGAAGCAUGAAGUGCUCUAAAAUAUCCUGGUAGAUGCUGCAUUGAGACUCGACUUGAGAAAACACAGUGGACCAACACCAGCAGAUGACAUGGCACCCCAAAUCAUCACUGACUGUGGAAACUUCACACUGGACUUCAAGCAACUUGGAUUCUGUGUGUCUCCACUCUUCCUUCAGACUCUGGGACCUUGAUUUCCAAAUGAAAUGUAAAUUUUACUUUCAUCUUCCCCAUGAUUGUGGUUGUGUGUACUGAACCAGACUGAGAGAUUAAAGCCUCAGGAAACCUUUGCAGGUGUUUUGAGUUAAUUAGGUGAUUAGAGUUCUUCUCACGUCUAAAUUUCUGUAUUCUAAAUUCUUUAUUCUAAUAUUCUGAGAUACUGGAUUUUUGAUUUCCAUGAGCCGUAAGCCGUAAUCAAGAUUAAAACAAAAAAAGGCUUGAAAUAUUUAACUUUGUGUGUAAUGAAUCUAGAAUACAUGAAAGUUCCACUUUUUUAAUUAAAUUACGGGGGGAAAAAACCCUAACUUUUCUACAAUAUUAUAAUUUUUUGAGAUGCACCUCCUAAGUGAUGAUGUAGGGACACUUGGUAGGCACCAGCAGAGGGAGCCACUGCCUCCGCUAUGAACUGGAGACCAUGCUGGCUUCAAUUAUGUAUGCUUAUUACGCAUGUUAGCCAGUUCAACAUUAUCUGCACUAGAGGGGAGCCUUACUGAUCAAUUAAAAUUCAAGCGGCCUUAUGAACAAACUUUCUUUUUCUUCAUAGAUACCAAGUAUGUUUCCUACUGUAUUCAGCACAAAAGCUUUGUCGUAACUCGAUUUGCAGUUUUGUUUUCUAAAGAAACAAUAUUUCAUUCGCAUUUAGAGGUUUAUACUCAAGCUGAUCCCAGUUUAGCUAUUAUAUCAAGUAAGCUCAUGCCUCUGAAAUACGGCAGUUUGCCUCUGUAGACCUACAUUUUAUACCAUGUACUUUUUGUGUACUGCUUCAGUAUUCCUUUAAUUUUUUUUUACUGUUAAAUACUCUGGAUGUGUCCCUUGACAUCUGGUGCAUUUUAUGAGUUUUGAUAUAGAGUUUGCCUUUUUAGUAUUUAUCGAGAGCUAUGAUUUUUUUAAAAUAGAGUUUUAGUUGUUUUUUUUUGUUUUGUUUUUUUUUAAAUGAAAUUGAAAUUUCAAAGCACUACAAAUCAGCACGGGGUUGAGUUGGAUCUUCUAAGUAAAUGUUGAAGUUUCAUGUGACGGUUCCUGCUCUGUGUUUCUUCACUGUACUGUGAGGUUCUUUAAUCCGUUUAAUCCGAUGCAGACUGCAUGUUGGACUCUUCCGCAUAGUAGGACUGCCUUUAACUCAGUGGUGAACAGGUUUCUAUAAUAAUCUGCAGGGAAUAUGCAAAACGAGUAUUUUCUAGCAACCAGAAAUGAUCGUCUCUGAGUUUUGGGGAUCGAAUAAUGAACACUCGGAACUGGAUGAGCGUGGGAGAUCACAUGAUCUUGCUUUAUUUCUUUAGCUAAGCUGAAAUCCAGUGACCUUUUUCUAUGUGUGUAAUAUUUUUGUAUUGGAUGUUAAGUGAUUUGUUAGCUAUUCUUAGCAUUGGUGGUGUAUAAAGCUACCUUAUAUUGACUACGCAGCAUAUCGUUAUUUUGUGUACAGGCAACGGUUCAUGGGCAAAGGAUUGGUGGAUAAACUGAUGGGCUUUGUCAGUGAGUGGAUGGGGGAGCAGUGGUGGUGCUAGUGCAUCAUUAAUUCUGGGUUAAACUCAUGACAUCCUUUAGUCAGGAUUGAUUGGUUAAGUACUGAAUCUUUCAAGCAAGUACAUGCUGGAACCCAGCUGGCCACUUUCUAAAUGUGUAAGAUGGAAAAGAGACAAAAAAAAGUAUGUUUUUUUUUUCUUUUUUUUUUUCUUUUCCUGUCGAUCCACUGAGAGGAAAAGCCCUGGGGUUAAAGUCAGUCAUAACAACGAGUGGUUCCUGAGUGGCUUCCUGUUAUUUUGUUCUAUACAUAAAGUGAUUUAUUCCAGGGCUAGAGCAUGGUGCAGAUUAUUGUUAAUAAGCACAGCGUUUGCAUCUGAUCAUCUAUGCAUGUUAGAGCAAUACAUUUACACAAAGCAAUAUGUUGGACAGAAAGAAGGUGGUGUUUUAAUAGUUUAUUGAGUGGUGUAAAAAGGAAAAGUGAUUCUCUGUAGCAUUAUCUAAAAGCAUGGUUGUGUAGCACACACACUACCUAGCCACAGUAACACAGGGAGGUUGUGUUUGUUAGAUUCCAGGGAUGUUUGUUGCAGAAAGGCUUGGAAAACACACAUAUACACACUGAAACAAAAUGACCGCUUACUGUAUUUGGGGGAUGUACGGAGGCGAUUGUAAGAACUAUAACCUCACAAAGAAAUCUCUGAAACUGAUGUGUAACUUGUUGAGCAACCAAAAAAAUUUAAUAAAAUUGUGUACCACA